GCGCCUGAAAGUUCGCCGGUAUAUUUACAUCCCAAACAAACCAACAAAAUUCUCAAAAUUCGUUUCGAGAUAUUGAUUCCGGUUAGGGAAUGCAGAGAGAUGAGAGGAGAAGAGCGGCUGUCUAACGGUGGGAGGGUGAACAAACCCAUCGGAGGCAGAAAUUGCCACCGGAAACACGUUGAAGACGGGUGAACUUUUUACGAUUCGGUGAUUGUGGUGUUGAUUUUGGAGCUUAUUGAAUUCUACAUCUGCAGAAGUGAUGUCGGAGGACGGGAACAACGGUGUAUUGCACGGGAAGUACGAACUAGGACGUCAAUUAGGGCACGGAACGUUUGCGAAGGUGUACCACGCGCGAAACCUGCAGACUGGGAGGAGCAUGGCGAUGAAAGUUGUCGGGAAGGAGAAGGUGAUAAAGGCCGGCAUGAUGGAUCAAAUUAAGCGAGAGAUUUCGGUGAUGAAGAUGGUACGACAUCCGAACAUCGUCGAGCUUCACGAGGUCAUGGCCAGUAAAUCUAAAAUUUAUUUUGCCAUGGAGCUCGUUAGAGGCGGAGAAUUGUUUUCGAAGAUUGAGAAAGGGAAGCUCCGGGAGGACGUUGCAAGGAGUUAUUUUCAGCAACUCAUUUCUGCCGUCGAUUUCUGUCACAGUCGUGGCGUAUACCACCGAGAUCUGAAGCCGGAAAAUCUACUAUUAGACGAGGAAGGCAAUUUGAAGGUGACGGAUUUCGGGCUUAGUGCUUUUUCCGAUCAUCUUCAUCAGGAUGGACUGUUACAUACAACAUGCGGUACUCCAGCUUACGUCGCACCGGAAGUUAUCGGCAAAAAAGGAUACGACGGCGCCAAAGCUGAUAUCUGGUCUUGUGGAGUCAUCCUCUACGUCCUUCUCGCCGGAUUCUUACCUUUCCAGGAAGAAAACGUCGUCGCGAUGUACCGGAAAAUUUAUCGAGGUGAUUUUAGGUGUCCGCCGUGGUUCUCAUCCGACGCACGCCGCCUCAUCACGAAAUUGCUCGAUCCGAAUCCGGAUUGUCGAUGCACGAUCUCCAAAAUCAUGGAUUCUCCAUGGUUCAAAAAGGCAGCUCCGAAAAACCCCAAAUUUAUCUGCGAAGACGACGUCGGGAAUCUGAAAGGCAAGGAAACGGAGACUUUGAAUGCGUUUCACAUAAUUUCGUUAUCGGAAGGUUUUGAUCUGUCUCCAUUAUUCGAGGAGAAGAAAAGAGAGGAGAAACAAGAGAUCAGGUUCGCGACGACGAAGCCGGCGGAGGUUGUGUUGUCGAAGCUUGAAGAGAUGGCUAAGAAGGUGAAAUUCAGCGUGAAGAAGAGCGGAGACGAUAGCAGUUUGAGACUACAGGGCAAUGAGAUAGGAAGAAAAGGGAAGUUAGGAAUAGCCGCAGAUAUCUGGGCGGUGGCGCCGUCGUUGUUUGUGGUGGAGGUGAAGAAAUCAAGCGGCGACACCCUGGAGUACAACCAGUUCUGCAGUAAAGAGCUCCGGCCGGCGCUUAAGGACAUUGUCUGGACGUCGUCGACCGAUAAACAAACUCCGGGAUAAUUAUAUUUGUAAAUUAGUUUCCAUUAUCAGUACCUUUUUGUGAUUUCCAUAUUAUUAUAUUGGAUCAUGAAAUUAUUGUGGUAGUGAAUUUGUUCAGCAUGUCUUUUUUGUUGAGUAGUGGUAAGGGUUGGAUAUUUUGGCUUUGCAAUGUAUUUUUAUAUAUUUUGUGAAAAAAAAAAAAACAAAUAUCAAUAUCA